AUGGAUUCAGCAAAAGACCAGAAGAAGACUGUGGAGCGACUCGCACGCGUGCGUGAGAAUCAACGCAAGAGUCGAGCCCGGAAGCAGGAACAUCGAGCACCGACUGGCAACGCAAAGGUCGAGGCCGAAAAUCGGCAUUUGAAAGCUCUUCUGGGAUCACUGGGAGUUUCGACUGCUUCUGUCCAGCAGUAUCUGCAGGAAGCGGAUACGGGAGCAAACACGAACAGGAAGGUUGCUAUCCCUGCUAUUCAGCGAGUAGAGGAAGACAAUGCUCUGCCUCUCCCAUGUCGGGACACUCGCAGAUCGAAUUUGUCGAUGGCAGUACCUCGCGUCUACAAAAAGGAUUCAGAAACAGCCGAACCACCAGUGGCAGUCAAUAAUACAUGUGCCUCGACAGUAGUGCAACCAACAGAUCAGCCACCAAAGCAAUCCCCGCAAGAAGAAGAUCCGGCUUUGUGUGGAUGCCAGUCCGAUAGACAGGAUCCGGAAACGGUAUCUGAUGAAGAUGUGCUCAAUUCGACGCUGUGUGCCAUUGCAGAAGAAAUGAUCAACCAAUACAACACCAAAGGCAUUGAUGUUGAUGAGAUUCGACGGAAAAUUUGGUCUGGGUUCCGAGCAGGUGCGAAUGGUACAGGAUGCAGAGUUCAAAAUCACAUUCUGUUUCAAGUGCUAGACGAUAUCAGCAGUGAUGUUUGA